AGCAACUAUCAAGUGAAAUAGUGUACGGAUCAAAUCAGGAAUGUUGACGAAGCUACUUUUCCUCGCACUUGUGGGGAUCAGUUCUGCCUAUCAGAACGAACACCGCAAGGAAUUCAAAUACAAUCGACCGGAGAACAAAACCGGCUAUGAAUAUGGCGCCUGGGAGCCGAACCGCGAAUACAUCUACAACGUUACCUCCAAAACUCUGACCGCUUUGAACGAUCUCGAUGACCAGUGGACCGGAAUUGUGUCCCGUGCUCGAUUGGUGGUACGUCCGAAAGAUCCCCAAUACGUGGUGGUAAAGGUAGAGAAUGCCGAGUACGCCGUUUUGAACGAGCGCCUUCCGCAGGGAUAUCGCACCGAAAUGCGUGAACAGGAUCUCAAGUACAAACCAAUGCCGAUGAGCUCGCAACCAUUCGGUAUCCGCUAUCGUAAGGGAGUUAUUAAGGGUUUGAACGUUGAGCAAACCGUUCCGAACAAUGAGGUCAACAUACUGAAGGCCUGGAUCAGUCAAUUCCAACUGGAUACCGCCGGGAGCCAUGCGAUCAACUCCAAAUACAAUCAGCAGCCGGAGAACAACAGCUUGACCGGUGCCUACAAGGUCAUGGAACCGGUAGUAACUGGCAAUUGUGAAACUAUGUACGAUGUCAAUGUUGUCCCGGAGUACAUUAGCCAGGCGAACAAGGAAUGGGUUCCUAAACCUGAGCUUCGUGAAGAUGGACAGUAUAUUAUCGAAAUUGCGAAGACACAAAACUUCGACAACUGCAAGCAACGCAUGGGAUACCAUUUCGGAUUCAGCGGCGAGAGUGACUUCAAGCCCAACACCAACCAGAUGGGAAAUAUUGCCUCGAAAUCGGCUGUGUCCCGAGUGUUCAUCACCGGUGACUGGUACAACUACACUAUCCAAUCGUCCAGCACGACCAACAAAGUAGUGAUCGCUCCGUCUUUGGUCAACCAGGAGAAGGCAAUGGUCUACUCGCAGGUAAACGUAUCACUGCAGAAAGUUUCUUCAUAUGACAAGAUACCCCAGGGCCCAGCUGACGAUCGUCAAGUGUUCGUCGAUCUGGUCUACAGCUACAACGUGGCCAGCGAUAAGAAGAACAACGUUCGUCCAGGAAAUGAGACCGAUUCUUCCUCUUCGUCUUCAUCAUCGUCGUCGUCAUCUUCUUCAUCGUCAUCGUCGUCCUCUUCGUCUUCUGAUUCAUCCUCUUCGUCCUCUGAAUCUGGCCCAUCUAGCUCCUCGGAUUCAUCCAGCUCAAGCUCGGAAUCGAAAGAAAAUCCUAAGAUCAGCCCGAUUGAGCAGAAUAAAAACAACAAUAAGGACAAGGCGAAGCAAGCGAACGCUGUAAGUCGCCAGCGUCGCGACCUAGAUGCCAGCAAGGAGAAGAAGUACUACCAAGCCUACAAAAUGGAUCAGUAUCGGUUGAGCCGCAACAACGACACCUCAUCCGAUUCGAGCAGUUCGGAUGACUCUUCGUCUUCUUCGUCCAGCUCUUCGGAAUCCAACGAAGCAAAAAAUGGACAAAAAAGUAAUGCUUCUUCAUCAUCGGAUUCUUCUUCGUCAUCUUCCUCUUCCUCGUCCUCUUCUUCUUCAUCGUCCUCCUCAUCCUCGUCAUCGUCUUCAUCUUCAUCGUCCGAAUCCGAUUCGCUGAGCAGCGAAGAAGCCUACCACCAACCGGCCCCACAAAACCUAAAGGAUGCCCCGGAAACUCCACUCUUACCUUUCUACACCGGCUACAAGGGAUCCAACGUUCAGAAUGCUCGCAACGUUGACGGUGCUCGCGCCGCCAGCAAGCUGGUUCAGGAAAUCGCCGAUGACCUGCAGAACCCAUCCAAUCUACCCAAGGCGAACACUCUGAACAAGUUCAACAUUUUGGCUCGCGUCCUACGCACCAUGGACCAUCAGGAAAUCUACGACGCUGCCCAAAAGUUCUUCGUUUCCCAGAAAGAACGCAAUGAGGGUGACAACAACAGCGAGAAGUUCAGCAAACGUGUCGAUGCCUGGAACACGUUCCGUGAUGCCAUGGCCAAUGCCGGUACUCCACCAGCUUUCAAGGUUAUCAAGGAAUACGUCGAAGAGAAGAAACUGCGUGGUUCGGAAGCUGCUAGCGUUAUUGCUACGAUUCAGCAUACCAUCCGGUACCCAACUGAAGCCCUCAUGCACGAAUUCUUCCAGCUGGUUACCUCGGAUACUGUUCAACGCCAAGAUGGUUUGAACACAACUGCUCUGAUGUCGUUCACCAACUUCAUAAACAACGCUCAGGUUAACAACCGAUCGGCCUACAACUAUUAUCCGGUUCAAAGCUUCGGUCGGCUAGCCGAUUCCGACUACAAGAUUGUUGCCCAUAAGAUCGUUCCUUGGUUGGCACAUCAGCUGCGUCAAGCAGUCAACGAUGCCGAUAGCAUUAGGAUUCAGGUUUACGUUCGUGCUCUCGGAAAUCUAGGUCAUCCGGAAAUUUUGAAUGCGUUGGAGCCAUACAUGGAAGGUAAGAUCCGGGUCAGUGACUUCCAGCGCCUGACCAUGGUAGUCGCACUAGACCGACUGGCAGAAAACUACCCGAAGUUAGCACGUUCGGUACUUUACAAGGCGUAUCAAAAUACCGGAGACAGACAAGAAAUUCGUAGCGCCGCCGUUCACAUGCUGAUGCGUACGGAACCACCAGCGGAAAUGCUCCAGCGUAUGGCUGAGUACACGAACCAGGACCCGUGCAAGUACGUUCGAGCUGCUGUUAAAACCGCCCUGGAAUCGGCCGCUGAAGCCGAUGAGUACGACAACAACAGCGAGCUUUCCGAGAACGCUAAAGCCGCCGUAAAACUGCUGAACCCAGCUGACAACAGCAUGCAGUACUCUUCGUCACACAUCCGUGACUUCGCUAUCGAGAAUCUUGAAAUGUCCGGACGCAUGCACGUUGGACAGAUUGCCUCCGCCGACAGCGCGAUCCCAAAUGGAGUGCUUUAUCAACUGCGUGAGAAUCUUGGAGGUUUGAAGCGAUACACUAGUCAACACUAUCUGGUUUCGAGCAUGGAAAGCUUCCUGGAUCUCGUGAAGAAGCAGUACGACACGGAUAGCAUCCAGGAUGACUACAAAUCGGCGGAUUAUUCCUACAAGUACAACAAGCAGAUCCAAAAUCGAAGAAGUAAGUCUAAUGAACCACAGAACAAGAACGACUCCGGUGAGAAGGAACCGCAAAAGUGGUCGACCACUCGCAUCGCUCAGCUGCUGAAUAUUGACGCAGAAGACGCCAAGGAACUGGAAGGACAGGUGAUGAUGAAAUUGUUCGACUCAGAACGUUUCAUGGCCUUCAACAACCAAUCAAUUGAAAACAUUCCCAGCAGAAUUAAAGAACUCGCCAAAGCCUUGGAAGAUGGUAUGACCACUAACAUAACCAAGUUCUACCAGCAACAUGCUGUUACUCUUGCCUUCCCACUGGCCUCCGGUCUGCCGUUCAUAUACACUCUAAAGACCCCGACGGUCGUUAAAAUCGAAACCGAAGCCACCAUCAAAACUCAUCCAGCAAUUCAAAACAAGCCAGCCGGUCAUCCGGAAAACGAAAACGACGAAUAUAUUCAUUGGCCACGCAUCGUUAACGGAUCAGUCGAUGUUAACUUGCUGUACCAUCGGCUGGUUGAUGCCAAGGUUGGUUUCGUGACGCCCUUCGAUCAUCAGCGCUACAUCGCCGGGUACCAGAAGAAGCUUCAAGGUUACCUACCUUUGAGCAUCGACAUUGAUCUUGACUUUGAGAAAAACGAAUACGAAGCUGAGAUUGAAAUGCUCGAACCGAAAGAAGAUCAACUGCUGUUCCAUAUGAGUUCCUGGCCGUACACUGGAUUCAAGGACAUUACCGAUAUGCGCCCGAUCGCCGAGAGUACAAACGCCAAGAUUGUUCACGACGAAGAACAGACCACCAAGACCAUCCAGCGUACCGUUGGUGAGCAAAUGGUAGGCGUUGCUCUGCGUCUACACGCAAAAUAUGACUCCGAUGCCGUCAACAUGGGACAGAUGUGGGAGAUGAUCAGCAAACAGAACGCCGUCUCGGCUUUAAUGUAUCCCGUCGCUUCGCAGACGUACCACUAUCAUCAGGUCAAUGUGUACUACGAUUCGCAACGUAGCACGGCCAAGACCAUGAAGGUUGUGAUCCACCAGAAGCAAGGAGACUUCAGCCAAGACAACGAAGAUUCAGACAUCAAACACCCGAAGGGACGUCAUGCCAACUCCGGAUAUUACAACGAAAACAACCUUGCUCAACCGACUUCCUUCACUCCCGGAAGCCAACGUCGCCAGGAGCAGCUAGGCAAAAACGCCGCCGCUGGCAUUAGAAACAGUGAUACUAGCGUUGUCGACAUCGGAGUAACCUUCGAAGGUCACCAGCAGCAGAGUGAAUUCAUCCUUACCGCUGCCCGAUCAGACAGUCCAGUUGAUGAGAAGUCCCGCACGUUGAUCUUUAUCUCGGGUAGUCCCAUGGCGCAGUCCGAUAACAGUGCCAAGCAGUUCCAGAUGUGCAUGUCUGCCCAAAACGAGUUCCCGAAUGUACCAAAACUCAACUUCCAGAACGCUCUCGACAACGACGUCAGCUCUUCGCUGCGUGUGGAUGUAGCGUACGGUGAACGCUGCCAGGGUGGAGCUCAAAUUUCGAUUAAGGGUAAAUUACAGCAGUCCGAACAAUACCGCCAAAACUUGCGCAAUUCGAAUAUUGGCCAACGGUGUAAGGAACAGAUGGACCGCGGGUACUUCCAACUGCCGGAAUGUCAGAACGCCACCAAACAGGCUAGCUACAUGGAUCAGAUGAAGAUGAACGUAGAAUACAAAAACCUCGACUCCCGCACCAAAGAAUUGAGCUACAAAAUGGCCGACGCGCUGCAACAAUUGACCUAUCCGUACUUCUCGUCGAACCGCAUGCACAAGGGCAAGAGCAAUCAGAUCCAAAUCGAACUGGAGAUGUCCCCGAACGGAGAUAAAUUCAACGCUUCGGUUAAGGCUCCCGAAUAUGCUUUCGAGAUUGAGAACCAACCGAUCAGGAAUACGUACGCUCGCUACGCCGCCGCAGUUCACCCGGAUAUGGAUUGGCAGGAACGUCUUGCCACUCAUGCCUACCGCGGAAACAAUAAACCUUCCUGCGCUGCCUCCGGCAAGUACAUCAACACUUUCGACGACCGAACCUACGACUACGAAAUGGGUGAAUGCUGGCAUGUUCUGCUGCACACCGUUAAGCCCGACUACGAUUAUUAUGCUCAGCAGUCCCACUUCCAGAACGCCGACAGCGUGUACCGCAACAAGAAUGGGUUCGAUGCGGAUGAACAGGUCAGCAUUUUGGCCCGUUCCGGUGCAAACAAGCAGCUGACCAUGAAGGUUGUCCUCGGACAGAGCAAACAGAACGACUACAAUAUUGACAUCACCCCGAACGGUGCCGAGCUGCCACAAGUUCACAUCAACGGGAAACCACAGCAGAUUCACGAAAAAUACGCUGUAGAAGUUUACACCAACGAUAAGGCCGGUGAUCAGCCGCUGAUUCGUGCCAACGCCCUGUCUGGUAAGGAGCUGGAGAUCAGCAUCCGCAACGAAGAUAUCAAAAUUGUGACGGAUGGCUACCGAGCUCGUAUCACCGUUGAUCAGUCCUUGAACGAUGACUUGGUCGGUCUGUGUGGAACCAACAAUGGUGAAUCCGAUGAUGACAUGGUCGCGCCAAAUCAGUGCCAGAUCAAGAACCCAGAAGUUUUCGCAGCUUCCUAUGCCAUCACCGGUCAGGAUUGUGCUGGUCCCGCUAAGGCUCGCAACAUUGCCUACCAGCAGCAAUCCAAAAAUAAAUGCGUAAGAAAAGAAAUUUUCUACGGAAACAUCAUCAGCGAGCAGGAAGCCGGCCGUAAACGCUACCGCAACUACAAUCACUACGUUAACGAUGAUAGCUCAUCCUCAUCUUCGUCGUCCUCAUCAUCAUCAUCCUCUUCCUCCUCCUCUGCCUCAUCUUCGUCCUCAGAAUCCAACUCCAAUUCCGACUCCAGUUCCAGCAGUUCCUCGGAAGAAAAAGAAUACCAACCCCAGAAGCAGCGGGCCACCGUGAAGCAGUGUGAAGUUCAACACCAGCACCAGAUCGUCGAACAGGGUGAUCAAAUUUGCUUCUCCAUGCGUCCACUGCCGGUGUGCCCCUCGCAGUGCAAGUCUUCCGAAAAGAGUCCCAAGUAUGUGGACGUUCACUGUCGCAACAGCAACGAUCCGGCUGCCAAACUGUACAAGACACAAAUCUCGAAGAGACAAUCACCGGAUCUGAGCUCCCGGUCGGUGUCCAAGACCCUCAAGUUCAACAUCCCCAAGGACUGCCUGCAUGCCCAGUAAGCGUGGGUGGAAGUUUAGGAAUAUAAAUACAGACCGAGAAACGCUUUGAAAUGAUUACCUAGAAUAAUAUUUAUAUAACCAAUAAAGCAAAUGUCGAAAAUGAA